AUGGCCAAUACAGAGAAUGUAAUACACGAAGAUCAAAGCAAGCACGUGCGAACGUGUGGCUCCAGAGAGUGUGUUAUCAUCAGAAAGAUCACGUUUGGCCAGCAGUGGAAGGUAACAAAGGACAAAAGCUCUGAAUGUGACUUUGAAUGUGACUUUGAGAGACGCACAGAGAGACGCAUCUCUCACACCAGUAACCAUGACAACGACAUGAUGGACAUGUCCGCAGAUGUCACCACAGAGAAGGUCCCCCAGGCUCAACCCUUGGCCACAUUAGUCUCGUAUGAAGCAAACAGUCAGGAGCAAGAUGAGGGAGCGACGGAGGAGAGCAAAGAUUCACCCUCUGAGAUGUCUAAGGGCAGAGCUGUUCUGAUGAGUGAAGAGGAACUGCAGUCUCUUAUAAAAACAGAUGAAGAAGACACUGGUGAUUCUGAGACAAAUGAUGCCAAAGAGAAAAUGGAAGAAGUUGUGGACGAUGUAGAUCAAGUGAAGGAGACUACUGAGAAAAUCGAGGCUAAACAAGAGAAAUUGUUUGAGGAGGUGGAAAGCAGCGGUGAAUCCAAAAUUCCAUUUGGUUUGGACUCUGUCCAGAUCCUACCAGCCAAGAUGGAGAUGGAGGAAAGACUUCUCUCCAGUGUGGAUGAAGUAAACACUGAACAGUUAGACAAAUCUGAGGAAAAACAACAUGAUGAAUCCAUGCAAAUACAAAAUGACAAUCAAGAAAUCAAAAAUGAGGAUACUGGGUCACAAGAUGCUACUGAGUUUCAGAAUGACAUGCCCGUGAAGGGAGAGGAUGAGGAGAGGAAGGAUGACAGUGAUGGUCAAGGCAGGAAGAAGCAGAGGAAGCAGAAGAGCCAGAGAUCCAAGAAGCACUCCCCCCAGAAAGAUGAGGCCCAGAUCGGAGCAGAGCCAACCCCACCCCAGCCAGCCAAAGAGCAGCCAGUGCAGGCAGAAGGCAAAAACACUGACAGUGGAGCACACAAGACUAAGAGGAGGAGGGCUGGCAAAUGGGGGCCUCUGGUGGGUGUGAAUCCAGUGCAGAUCAGAGCCACAGUGGAGCUCUACCCCAGCUCACGGGCGGCUCUGGCAGGAGUCACCCAGGACCUUGAAGCCUCUGAAGACCCAUGUGACUCCUUCCGCUGUAAACGUGGGAAAAGGUGCAAACUGGAUGAAGACAAUAAGCCCAGUUGUGUGUGUCAAGUGCCAUCAGAAUGUCCUCCAAGUCUCAACGAGCUGGAUCAUGUCUGUGGAACUGAUAACAAAACAUAUGAAACAUCUUGUGAACUGUUUGCCACAAAAUGUAACCUCGAGGGGACAAAGAAAGGACACCGGCUUCAUCUGGACUACACUGGAUCAUGCAAAUUGAUCCCAGCCUGUUUAGCCCCAGAGUUGAUCCAGUUUCCUUUGAGGAUGAGGGACUGGCUGAAAAAUGUAUUGCUGCAGCUAUAUGAACAUGACACCACCUCCCCGGGCUUCCUCACUCCUAAACAACGCUUAAGAGUGAAAAAAAUCUUCGAGAGUGAGAGACGUCUUCACGUUGGUGAUCACUCUGUGGAACUUCUUGAACAGGACUUCGAGAAAAACUACCGCAUGUACAUCUACCCCGUGCACUGGCAGUUUGCACAGCUGGACCAACACCCCUCUGACCGACAGCUGUCCCACUCGGAGCUGGCCCCUCUGAGGGUCCCUCUGGUGCCCAUGGAGCACUGCACGUCCCUCUUCUUUCAGGAGUGUGAUUCUGACAAAGACAAACAGGUCUCAUUUAAAGAGUGGACUUCCUGUUUCGGCAUCAAAGAAGAGGAUAUGGAUACCAGUUUGCUGUUCUGA